AUUACUUGUACCUAUAGCCCCACAUGAAUAUUUUAGAUUAAAAUACGCAGCAUUAUCCCAUGCCUUAGUGCCUCUACUUACAUAUUCUUACAUAGCAGAACAACCGAUUUCUUCUUCUUUCAGCAUCUACUUUACUUUACCUCUUCAAAAACUCGAAUACCCUCCCGUUCAAAAUUACGGCCGAUACAGUGUCUAGCAAUACAACUUGGUAGCGGACAAAUCAUGGCUGUGCGCGCACAAUUCGAGAACUCCAACGAGGUCGGCGUCUUCGCGACACUCACCAAUUCUUACGCUCUGACCGCCGUCGGCGCGAGCGAAAACUUUUACAGCGUCUUCGAGGCUGAACUGCAAGAUGUCAUUCCCAUCUGCCGAACUACAAUCGCCGGCACGCGCAUCAUCGGCCGGUUAACAGCGGGAAACCGGAAGGGUCUUCUCGUACCCACUUCUACUACCGAUCAAGAACUGCAACAUCUGCGCAAUUCCUUACCUGACGAGAUCAAGAUCCAAAGAAUAGAGGAACGUCUAUCCGCCUUAGGCAAUGUUAUCGUCUCAAACGAUCACAUAGCUCUAGUCCAUCCGGAUCUGGAGCGCGAGACGGAGGAGAUUAUUUCAGAUGUUCUAGGUGUCGAGGUUUUCCGGCAGACUGUUGCGGACAACGUGCUUGUCGGAAGCUAUAUGAGCUUGAGUAAUCAGGGCGGAUUAGUGCACCCCAAGACCAGCAUCCAAGACCAGGACGAGCUGAGCAGUCUUCUGCAAGUACCGCUCGUUGCGGGCAGUGUGAACCGAGGCAGCAAUGUGGUUGGCGCUGGUAUGGUGGUCAACGACUGGUUGGCGGUGACGGGGUUGGAUACGACGGCGACGGAGCUUAGUGUCAUCGAGAGUGUCUUCAGACUAGGCGAGGGCGCUGCGCCGGGCAAUGUCGGUGGCAAACUGAAGGACACCAUGGUGGAGAGUUUCUACUGAAGAACCAAUUUUGUGGUUGGUCAGGACCUGGCUUCAAAUUGGUAUUGGGGUUCGUGAAAUCCCGAGCCUACCUUGAUGAAUGCGAGUUUCCUCGGAUGGAAACGGCUUGCCGUCUUAUUGCGGAUGAAUAUACCAGCCGCCCAACUAGUAUAACGGACAGCUGAAUAUCAGCUUUAUGGUUGUUAUGCCGGGACAAGGGCAUGGCAAUUAGUUAUUCAAUGAAGCAUUCCGACUACCUGUAGCUGAGGAGUAUUCCAAGAUAUACAUGGUUGGUGUUAACGUCAGUGGAACUCUGCAUCAUGUGAAAUGUGGGAAGCGAGUUAAAACAUUAAGACAGUAUACAUCGAGGUGACCUAUUAACUAAAACAUUGAUUCUUUUUAGUGUCGGCUGGAUACGUAUUGGUGAAACUGGUCUUAACGUACUAUGAUGUCUACAAGGAGCCUCCGGCCAGAGUAGUGAGGUUACUAAAACAAUAGCAAUAGCAAG